AGCUGCGACUUCAUCUUUUCGUUGAAAUAUUUCUUUCCCUCCUCCUCACCUUUUCCACUUCUUUCUUUCGUCAACACAAAUCAACUUCUUCUUCCAUUCUCAUCUUUGAAAAAAUAAGAUAGACAGUUAAUUACUCUUGUGAUACCCUCAACUGAUUUCUUUUGACCACUAUACCAUCGAUCACAUCUUUCUAUAUCAAGUCAAUCAAGAUGUCGUCUGAGACUUUCGAGUUCCAGGCUGAGAUCUCUCAGCUCCUGGGUCUCAUCAUUAACACAGUUUACUCCAACAAGGAAAUCUUCCUACGAGAGUUGGUUUCCAACGCCUCAGAUGCCCUUGACAAGAUCCGAUAUGAGGCUCUUUCCGACCCAAGCAAGCUGGAGUCCAACAAGGACCUCCGCAUCGAUAUCAUCCCCGACAAGGAGAAUAAGACCUUGACUAUCCGUGAUACCGGUAUUGGUAUGACCAAGGCUGACCUUGUCAACAACUUGGGUACCAUUGCCCGAUCAGGCACCAAGCAGUUCAUGGAGGCUUUGACUGCUGGUGCUGAUGUUUCCAUGAUUGGCCAGUUCGGUGUCGGUUUCUACUCCGCAUACCUUGUUGCCGACCGGGUUACUUUUAUCUCCAAGCACAAUGACGACGAGCAAUACAUCUGGGAGUCGUCUGCUGGUGGUACUUUCAGCGUCAAGGUUGACACUGAGACCGAGCCCCUUGGCCGUGGCUCUAAGCUUAUCCUCCACCUGAAGGAUGAGCAGACAGAGUACCUCAACGAGAGCAAGAUUAAGGAGGUCAUCAAGAAGCACUCCGAAUUCAUCUCCUACCCUAUCUACCUCCAUGUUGUGAAGGAGACCGAGAAGGAGGUCCCUGAUGAGGAGGCUGAAGAAGUCAAGGAGGAGGAAGGUGAUGACAAGAAGCCCAAGAUUGAAGAAGUUGAUGACGAAGAGGAGGACAAAGAGAAGAAGAAGAAGACCAAGAAGGUCAAGGAGACUUCCAUUGAAGAGGAAGAGCUCAACAAGCAGAAGCCCAUCUGGACUCGCAACCCUCAAGAUAUCAACCAAGAGGAGUAUGCCGCCUUCUACAAGUCUCUAUCCAAUGACUGGGAGGACCACCUUGCUGUCAAGCACUUCUCUGUUGAAGGGCAGCUCGAGUUCCGAGCGAUCCUCUUCGUGCCCAAGCGAGCACCCUUCGACCUAUUCGAGACUAAGAAGACCAAGAACAACAUCAAGCUCUACGUCCGCCGCGUCUUCAUCACUGAUGAUGCCACUGACCUCAUCCCUGAGUGGCUUAGCUUCGUCAAGGGUGUUGUCGACUCUGAGGAUCUGCCUCUCAACCUGUCUCGUGAGACCCUUCAGCAGAACAAGAUCAUGAAGGUUAUCAAGAAGAACAUUGUGAAGAAGGCUCUUGAGCUGUUUACCGAGAUUGCCGAGGACAAGGAGCAGUUCGACAAGUUCUACAGUGCCUUCUCCAAGAACUUGAAGCUCGGUAUUCACGAGGACUCCCAGAACCGCCAGAUUCUGGCUAAGCUUCUCCGUUUCAGCUCCACCAAGUCGGGAGAUGAGCAGACCUCUUUGGCCGACUAUGUCACUCGUAUGGCUGAGCACCAGAAGAACAUUUACUACAUCACUGGCGAGUCUAUUAAGGCUGUUACCAAAUCGCCUUUCCUAGAUGCCCUUAAGGAAAAGAACUUCGAGGUUCUCUUCCUUGUUGACCCCAUCGAUGAGUAUGCCAUGACUCAAUUGAAGGAGUUCGAGGGCAAGAAGCUCGUUGAUAUUACCAAGGACUUCGAUCUUGAGGAGACCGAAGAGGAGAAGAAGGCCCGCGAGGCUGAAGAGAAGGAAUACGAGGGCCUUGCCAAGUCCUUGAAGAACGUCCUCGGUGACAAGGUCGAGAAGGUUGUCGUCUCCCACAAGCUCGUCGGCUCUCCCUGCGCCAUUCGUACUGGCCAGUUCGGUUGGUCUGCCAACAUGGAGCGUAUCAUGAAGGCCCAGGCUCUCCGUGACACGUCCAUGAGCAGCUACAUGAGCUCCAAGAAGACCUUCGAGAUCUCCCCUAAGUCUCCCAUCGUCAAGGAGCUCAAGAAGAAGAUCGAAGCUGAUGGCGAGAACGACAAGACUGUCAAGUCUAUCGUUCAGCUUCUAUUCGAGACUUCUCUACUAGUCUCCGGCUUCACCAUUGAGGAGCCCGCCGGUUUCGCUGAGCGUAUUCACAAGCUGGUGUCUCUCGGCUUGAACCUCGAUGAGGAGCCUGAGGUUGAGGAGGUGCCAGCCACCGCUGAGACUGUCGCCGCCGAGACUGGUGACAGCGCCAUGGAGGAGGUCGACUAAAUUCUUUAGACGGUCAUGAACGGAAAUGGGAAUCGUAAAAAGUUCUACGGAGUUUGGAUGGUUUCGGGCUUUUAUUACCGGUAACAUCGACUUUCGAUGUGGGUACUUCAUAAUUCAUCCAUACCCUCCCGACCAUGGGAGCACAAUAAUGCCUAGCAGGGCUUCACAGCUCAGCCGAGUUGGUCGUUGAUUGAUGCAUUCCUGGUUGCGCAUGUAUUUUACAUCAUGCCCUUAUGAGAUACGGGCCGGAUUAAUUCGUAGAUGAAAUGAAACGUUAUGAAAUAA